GCCAAUCAGAUACGGUAGAGAGCAACUCUCGUCCAAUAGCGGCGCGGGGAGGAGCUUUUGCCGGCACUGUAAUCCGUAUGUUAGGGCUCUGCGUUCCACUGAGCUCAGGAUGGCUACGGCGGCCGCAUCGGCGAGCAGCGCGGAGAGGAGCGUUCUGGAGGAAGAAUUCAAAUGGCUCCUGAAAGAGGAGGUCCAUUCUGUUCUGAAGCAGUUGCAGGACAUCUUGAAGGAAGCUUCCCGGAGGUUCACUCUUCCCAGCGGUGUAGGCGAAGGCCCCACCAAACAAGAGAACUUUGCACUGGGAGCCACAAGCUCGGAUCAAGUAAAGGGCAUACUGACUCUCCAAGGAGACACCUUGUGUCAGGCUGAAGUGAAUCUGAAAACCCUGCGGACCAAUCAGCUCUUGCACUUUGCCUUCCGUGAAGACAAGCAGUGGAAAAUGCAGCAGAUUCAAGAUGCUCGAAACCACGUCAACCAGGCCAUUUACUUGCUGACCAACCGUGGAGAGAACUACACGUUCCAGACUGGGGCAGAGGUGCUGAAGCUGAUGGACACCGUAAUGCUUCAGCUGAGCCGGGCUCGAAACCGCCUGAUGACACCAGCCACCAUGACACUGCCAGAAGUAGCCACCAGUGGACUCACGAAAAUGUUCACCCCCUCGCUUCCGUCUGAUAUUCUGCUGAAUUUCUAUGUCAACGUGAACAAGCUGUGCCUGCUGGUGUACCAGCUCCAUGCCCUCCAGCCAAACUCCACCAAGAAUUUCCGACCGUCUGGCAGUGCUAUCUUGCACAAUCCAGGAGCCAUGUUUGAACUGAACAAUCAGCGAUUUGAAGUCAGCCAUGUCCAUAAAGUGGAAUGCGUGGUGCCGUGGCUGAAUGACGCUCUGGUGUUCUUUACCGUGUCGCUGCAGCUCUGCCAGCAACUAAAGGAUAAGAUCUCCGUGUUUUCCAGUUACUGGAAUUUCAGACCAUACUAAACGCGACACAUCGGUAGAGCCCCUCCCUCUUUCCUCGUGGCUUUAUAGACUGCUGCCUACACCGUGUCCUAGACUGGGGGGUCUCUAGCCAUCGGCCAUUGUUGUGAUAUCCCUGAAGCCACAGCCGUGGUGAAACACUACAGUUACUCCAUCCCUUCCAGCGAGAGUCCGGUCACCAUUUUCUUCUGCCUUGUGUUGGACGACACCCUGUAAAUGUUAAAUCUGUGUAUAUAGAUAUAUAUAUAUAUAUAUAUAUAUAAUGAAUUUUUCACUUUUAGCACCUCACAUUCCGGCACUACUAUGACUGAUUAAGAGAGACAUUGCCCACAGAUGGAGCAGCCGCAACUGAAGCAUCUGGCACACACAACCACACCCAUAAAGCCUGCUCCAUCUCUGUGCGAAUGAUUCAGGGUUAGUAUGGCAGUCACUAUCCAAUCCUAUCCCUCAUUCAGAGUCCUGGUAGCACCGUCAUGGUGUUUAAUAACAGCAUUGCAGACAUGGAGGGAGCUUUUCUAUAGAGUUGACUUUCCCAGAAUCCUUUGCAGGCCCACCUCUCCGUUGGCCAUGUUGUCUUUUAAUUCUUUAUAUAUAGGACCAAAGCCCCUAAUAAGUGGGUAUCUGUUAGGGAUGCACCAAAUCCAGGAUUCGGUUCGGGAUUCAGACUUUUUCAGCAGGAUCCGGAUUCGACCGAAUCCUUCUGCCUGGCCAAAUCCUAAUUUGCAUAUGCAAAUUUGGGGGCGGGGAGGGAAAUCACAUUUGUCACAAAACAGGGAAGUAAAUUCACACCCCUAAUUUGCAUAUGCAAAUUCAGUUCGGUAUUCGGCCAAAUCUUUUGAAAAGUAUUCGGGGGGUUCGGCCGAAUCUGAAAUAGUGGAUUCGGUGCAUCCCUAGUAUCUGUGAUGUGCUUGAUAAAAGGGAAUGUAUCUCAUUGAACACUAGUAUGUUUGGUUUUUUUUUUUUUUGUUCCAGGAAUCCUGUAUAUUUAUGGAUUUUUUGCUUCUUCCAUUCCUUGUUUUUGUGCUAUCACGUGUGCAUGAAUAAAGUUGUUUGUGGAUUAUAUAUAAAAGUA